AUGCCAUUUUUCACCCGCCUUUUCUCUUUCUAUGGCAACCCCAAUCCUAGUCGCCAUCGUGGGCGUGCAGAUGAUGCAGUCGUGGGCGUCGGCGCCAUGGUCGAUCGUGAAGCCGGCAGAGAUGAAGUUCAGGCCGUUGUGAGGUUCAUGCAGGUGUUGGACUCGGCUCUCAAUGUCAUCGCGAGGUAUUGCGAGAAGGCGGGAGUAGACGAGUCUGAAGUUGCUCGCAUCCACGUCGCCGAGCUUAGGCAUACACAUGUCGUCGGCCAGCAUCUUGAACUUCUUCGUGUGGUUGGAUUUGAGGUUGCUCGUGGGCUUGUGCCUGGACACGACGCCCAGUCGAUCACGCUCAUGAUUACUCGAAAAGCCAGCCAAAUCGCCAUCACUAUCCCGAAUCUGGUCGUGUUCAUCAUCAGUAUGCAGAUGCAUCACUCAUUCGUUUGGUACAUCAACAGAAUGAAGAACGACGAGUUGCUCGACACUUUGAUCAGCCACAAGAUCGAGGACAGCAGCACGGGCGUGACUAGGGUUCUACAUUUACAUGUAACUUUGUAUGGCCUUACAUUUUGUAUUCUUACAUCCUUACAUGCCAUUUUACAUGGUUUUGUAAGCUUACACAGCAUUUCUUGGCCUUACAUGGUAUGCGUGACUGAGCUCCUAGGCGAGGAUGAGGGCGAGGUCAACAUCGUAGGCACGAACAAGGAUACGGAGCUGAUGGAGAUAGUGCGCUGGGUAAAGAUGGUAAUGAAUAGCAUGGACAAGAAGACGAACAAGCGAGUCAAUGAAGCGCGGGUACAGAGAGACACGUUCAAAAUGGCGAAACCGGAUGCGUACAGGCGCACGACUUCGCCAGUGUUCAGAUCAGAGGCGUCCGUAAUUAAGGACGACGGCAUGAAGUCGUUUACCAGCGUGAGCGGCACCAGGAGCGAGAUUGCGACCCCGGCCAGCACCAGACCGCAGACCAGCUACAUGCACGGGUUCAUUGUCGUUUCCGGCAGUAACUCUAGGUCCGCCAUCGCCAGCAAGGGCUACAACUCGAAGGUGGAGCUGUGCGGCAUCGAGUUCGCCUCUAUGAUCUACGCCUACGUGAAGAAGUACAUGAAUUUCAUGGCAGAGGCCGGCCACAUCGUCAACCUGAUAGAAGAAUGGUCACCUAGGCUUACAAACGCAAACAACAAGAAUGGAAAUCGAAUGACUUACGACGCAACGAAAAAAAAGAAUAGCUACAUCAUGGCCCGCGACAACGAAUGGCAGAAAUUGUCACGAAGAGAAAGCAGAGUGGAAGAACUGUGCGCUGGAAGAGACAUCUUCAGCAUGAACUUGGCGUUGUGCAAAGCCAUCUCAUUGGGUUCGAUGACGGUCAUGAACUUGGGCUACAGACGAACGGAGAAAGCUUCUCAGCUUGCCGCUCAGCCAGAACGGACACAGCUCAAAGCUGCCCUCACAGAUGGAAAUAAACGCCUGCUGGCGUACCUGAGAGAGCAGAAUUCGAGCGACUGCGAGUCCUUAUGGAACAAUUCAAGAUCGACAAAAACAAAGCCGAGAAACGCACCGAAGCGACCAAGACAGAUCUUGAAUGGACCCGUACAAAAGACCGCUCGUCAGCCUCACGAAGUCCAAAUACGAGGUUUACGUUUUGACAUGUACGACAGCGAGCCGGGCCAAGCAGUCGCGAAGCAUACUUUUCCCACCAAUCCCAUGGGUUCCCUUGGCUUACGUUUCGAUAUGUACUGCAGCAAACCGGGCCAAGCAGUCGAGAACCAGAAUCCUCCCCAAGAUCGUAUCCGGAAGCAGCGCGAGCUUUUUCCACCAAAAUACAUCAAGCUGCCUGAUCUUGCGAAGAAAUGCCUCGGAUUGAAUACCUUGGAAAAACACCUUUCUACGUGUGCACGCCGGGCCAAGCAGUCGCGAAACACAGUACUCUCCGAGACACUCAAGCUCGCAUUCGCAAGAAGCUUGAGCGUUUCCUCCCGAAAUGCAUCAAGCUACCUGAUCUUACGAAGAAAGGCUUUCGGAGUGAAACACCUUGGAGGGACACCUUUUCACGAGUGCAAGUGCCUUGUUGGCACCCAUGUCGCGGACGAUGGCCUCGAGCAGUUUCCACCAAAACACAUCAAGCUGCUCGAUCUUGGGAUAGAUGGGUUCGGGGAUGGAGGAACACCUUUCUACGAGUGCAAGUGCAUUGUCAGCACCGACGUCGCGGAAGGCAUUCUCAAGCCUUUUCCACCAAAAUACAUCAGGGUACCUGAUCUUGUGAACAAACGCUUCCAAGUGAAACACCCCCGAGGCACACCUUUCCAGGAGUGCAAGUGCAUUGUUGGCACCCACGUCGCGGAAGGCAGUCUGAAGCUGCGCGUGAAAGUGCUGGCACCGGAUGAAGAUCCCACGCACGUUGAGAGCUCUCGCGAUGUCGUGUAUCACAGCUAUAGACUCGCAUUCCUAUCACGCAGGUGUCCUACGGCAAAACUUCUCUUGAUUUCGAAUUUCAAUGUCAAUCAAAACCUUCGUGGGCUGAUUGGAGUCUGGCACCAGCUCCUGCACUAUCCUUCCGGCCUCUGUGAGCUCUAUACGCGGGUGCGUGUACUUCUUGAUGGCCGUGGUCGUGGUGAUGUACACGAAGACGACCUUCUGUGUGAACAGGCUCUGCUCUGCGUUAUCGUUCAUCUCUGCAUUGACCACCAGGGUGAUGGACGAAUUCUUGUACACCUCCUCCGUCAUGUCUAUCAUCGCGUGCUGGGCCGAUUGGACUCACUUUGGGACAGAUGUGUGUACAUGAUCACGUUGCUGUAUGUAGUCGUGUUCACGAACAAGAUACGAAAGGGAACCAUAACGAGGCACGAGUGCCUGAUCGACACGAUCAUGCGAGCAGAGGCUCAGCACCAGGAAUGUCGAGCGCAAGUCGAGAUCGUUGAGCGCAGGAUAUAUCGGGCGUGUCGCGCGGAGGUCAAGAUAGCUCAGCACCAGGUGUCGCGGCUCAGCACCAGGUAUCGUGCGCAGGUCGAGGGGCUCAGCACCAGGUGUGUCGAGCGCGCGGAGCUCGUCCCAGUCUGGCGGGCCUUUGAUACUAGGAUAAUGGGUGGGUGGGAUAGCGUCGUGCUCGAUUCGCUGGAAAGCUUCGCCACUGAAGACGAUCGCAUCCAAAUACAGUGUCAAGUCAAGAAGAAUGUCGGGAAUAAUGCCGAUAAUACUGGUGCUGAGGAUGAUCUCUUCGACAAUGUACUCACGAGCCACGUGCUAAGGCCGUGCGGGACAGACAUGGGGUUUCUUUCCUUUGUCACGCGUCUUGAGCGGCAUAUUUUCAUCCUAGCCGACGGUGAGGCCGUCUGCCUUGCGUAUCUUUGGAUGUUUGAUCCAUUCUAUUGGGUGAAAACGGAUCUCAUUUUGCAUUAUACGCAAGCCGCGUGGGAGAUCCUUGUGAGCUCGCCGAAUUUCCACAGCGAUGCAGAAAUAUGCUCGACACCGGGAGCCUCACUUGAUGGCGAGAUGGAAGCAAUAAGCCAGAUUCCCACGAUUGAUCAUGCAGGCGAUGGCGGAGCCCGUUACCUCGCUUCAUCCGUGACUUGGUUUCAGCGUAGAGCUGAUCACGGACGAGGUGAAUCCAGUCGGCACCGUCUGCCAUUAUGGGAAUUUCAUGAGCGUUGCGUGGGCUCUGCAGCAGCAUCCCAUGAGGUGCUUUCGACGGAUCUCACGAUCAAAAUGCCAAUGGCUCGGCUUUUGCGAAGCGUAGUAUUGCUGAGGUAUGAUGGUUGGGUGCAAAAGCAGCUGCCUCAUACUGGCUUUGAUGUCAAACCCUCACUCAAUCGACUUCAUCCAACCAGUCCUUCUCGCCGCCUCGCACAGCCUCUCAUUGCUUGCAUGCAUGAACGCGAUUCCAUCGUUACUGUCGUCGACAGCACUGAUGGUAUUGAGCUCAUCGAUCUAGUCGCUUGUAGCUGGGCGGUUGAGUGGUGCAAGCUGGAAAAUGGGCAUGCUUGGGGUAUGUCGUCAAUACUUGAGUGCAUUCGCGAACACAGAGAUGCGCAUCAUUCAGCAUCUUGUAGGCUUGGCACAACAAACUUCGUAUCAAAGCUGGUGUCAGACAUAUCGAAUGUGCCGUCUCUAAACAUCAAGCUAUGGAGGUUGGCGUUCUGCUCUUUGGUAGGCCAGUGGUUGGUCCUAUGGAUCAUUCUGAAUAGAGAGAUUGUUGGUGCCGGAGGCUUGAGCUUCUUGUUGACCUGCCCAGACGAGUUGAAGCAGAGUCGGUCGCGGUCGUGUUUGGCCGUUGUCGACCCCGAUUGUGAAGCCGAUAGCUCGAGCGGCGAUAAUGACGGCGAACAAGAGGGAGAGGAGGACGAACACGACUCCAAUGUAUCAGUUCUUGAAGAAGACUUGGCGAAUGGAGAUGCUGCUAUGUCGAGCUCUUUGAGGCCUGAGAAUGCCAUCUCCGGGAAGGAUGGUAUUAGCGUGGGAUAUGUUUUGGAGAUGUUGUUACCCAAUAAGCGAUCUGAGCAGGCCGGCAGGAGGCACAUAAGCCGGACCAUUCAAGAGGCUACUGUCGUCUCCAAACUUGGCCCAAUACUCGCGGCUUUUGGCAUGUUCGAUGUUCUCCGCAUUAUGCUUAGGCAAACCCAGAAUCGUGUGCCAGCUCUCGCUUCUUUUCUUGAAGAUCGAGGAUGCGUUCCUCGACGGUAUGUAUUCCUUGACGGUCUCGCGAAUAGUGAAUCGGAACACUUUGACAUAAACCGUUUCGUUGAGAUGGAAUUUCAGAGGGGUUCGACUGUGACGACUCCGCUAGCUGCUGUCGGGUUGAGGCGUGCGAAUAGUGAGGCGGAAGACUUUGACAUCGACUUCUUAGAAGGGAUGAUAGACGUGGUCGAUGGGAAAGGAUGUCAGAAGGGUUCAAGGAUAACAAUUCUGCUGGCUGCUGUCAGGUUGAGGCUGCUGACCAUAGCUUGUACCGAUAAGCGUCAAACAGCAAUCUUCGCUAUAGGAGUGAUCAGCUCAACUAGUAUUCGCCGCAAAGCUGUCACUGCUGAUGAACAGCUUGAGCUCCACAAUCUGGGCUGCCUAGAACGCCAUGCUUACUUUGCCAAUUCGGCCCAUAAUCUGAUGGCUAGCUUCAAGAAAUCGCGUUUUAUCGCGAGGCCUCGCUCCAGUGCCUUUCAUCGCAACAAAGACGAUAGGGAUAGGAUCUUUGGCAUGGCGGACAAGCUCCCUGUGGCUGGAUAUCCGCCGAGAGGAAAAUCCGAAUACUAUCCACAGCUAACGGCUGAGCUCAACUCCGCUGAUGCUGCACAGCGUGCUGCUAGUUCUGGAGAUGGAGGCGCUCUUGACGAUAUAUAUAUAAGUGGAGAUGGUGAUGCUUGGGCGCAUCUCGGUCAAGGCCAGAUCCGCGCUGCUUGGGAAGAGGCUGGAAUUGGGGAUGAUAGCGGGAUUGGUAAAGGUGUUGAGAGUUCUAAUCCAUGCGCUAGGAUGAAUGAACCGAGGUGUCAUUGGACUUCUGAUGCUACUUCCAUCUAUUUCAUAACGCCCUCUCCAACUCUUGCUACGUCUCUUUCUGUUAUGCCUGUCGGGCAUCGUGAAAUAUCGCUGCUGCUGUUUCCGGUGUCAUCGUUGGCUAUGAAUCCAACAUCGUUUUCUGGGACGAUAUGGAAGAUGGGUUUCUUGUCUGAUAUGGCAUGUGAAUUGACUUGGCCGCUGAGAAGUUGUCGCGGCGCAAGAUCAGGCAUUGUCGGGAAGCGUAAACUCCCAGAUUUUCGAGCCAAUGGACUCGCAAGUUCUUUCCUUCACGCAUCCGCCAACCUAAAUAAUUCUGGAUACCACACGAUGCACCAUCUCAGCACCAAGUGGAGUGUUCUGGAAGCACCCCCACAAUACCGGAAAGGACAUAUUAUGGCAUCGGCAUCCGCAGGCGCCACCCAACCAUCUAUGCUAGACGCACCACGUAGCCCACCAUCUGAUCGUGCGCCCUUCACGACUGAACACGCGACUUUCACGACUCAAGAUGCGCCGACAAGACGAAACAAGAUACAAAGAGUAAUGGUCAAAAAGGAGGACGACGGCACAGCAAAAGGCGAAACUGUGAACGGGCGGCACUCGGAGUCACUCUGGCGAGCACGAUACGGCCACCGAGCUUUUUCAAGACACGUCACGAUCCGACUAAGCGAACACGCCCACCAGACUUUGACCUCGCACGCUUUACAUGGAAUGGCAGCCAGAGAGAACCAGACAAGCCCAGUUUUGGAGAUCAUCAACGGCUGCCGAGUCGAGACAAUAUGCUGUCGCUUCCACAGGCUUUAUGGAACUAGGGCCGAGGCGCAAGUCAUAGGGUGCUCAGGCGCCCUUCUGCGUUUCUGA